CACUCUCGCAAUCUGUAAGAUGAUGCCGCGCAACACCCUCCCAUCGCGACACCCAUUUACUCGAAAUCACGCCAAUGGCCUCUCUCAUCUUCCCAUUUGCAAUUUCCCUCCAACAAACCCACCAAACCCGAUUCUCUCCUCUGAAACCCAUUCUUCCAACAGAAAUCCCCCUCUUCGCCGGAACUUUCAGGCCCAAACCGUCGGCGGGCAAGUGCCGAGCAUCAUUCUUCGGCGACAUCUCUGAUGAUCUCCUCAAUAACCUAGACGGCCCUCUGCGAAUCGAUCAACUUCCAGUUUUGCAAUCUGGGUAUGUUCAAUUUCAACGAUUCUCUGGGGAAUUGAGCGAUUUGCAGAAAUGGGGUUUCAUUGUUUUUGCUGGGUUCAUUUGGGUUUAUCUCACUGCUCGACCAGGGGUUCUGUUUGGCGCCAUUGAUACGUACCUUCUGGCUCCUCUGCAGCUGGGGCUGUAUAGUUUGAUAGGAAGAAGAAACUUGAAGAGCUCUGACUUUGUGAUUGGCUCAAAACUAGGAGAGGGUUCGUUCGGAGUUGUUUAUUCGGGUGCAUUUCUUCCGAAGAAUGUGAAGAUUGAAAAUCGAACGAGCAAAGUUUUGGAGUUGGAUGGGAAGGACAAAGUGAUUCUUAAGAAGAUUAAAGUUGGAGUUAAAGGAGCUGAAAAAUUUGGGGAAUAUGAAGAGUGGUUUAACUACAGGCUUUCAAGAGCAGCGCCUGAAACUUGUGCUGAGUUUCUUGGCAGUUUUGUAGCUGAUAGAGAAAACAGGCAAUUCUCUGCAGGAGGAAAAUGGCUCGUUUGGAAAUUUGAGGGAGAUCAGACUCUUGGAGAUUACAUGAAAGAUAGAAGCUUCCCCCUAAACUUGGAAACGCUAAUGUUCCGACGUGUCUUACAAGGCAUGAACUCGACCGAAAGAAAUGCAUUGAUAAUCAAGCAAAUACUCCGCCAAAUCAUCACAUCAUUGAAGAAGAUCCAUGACACAGGCAUCGUUCACAGGGACGUAAAGCCAGCAAACUUAGUAGUAACCAAGAAAGGACAGGUAAAGAUUAUAGAUUUCGGGGCAGCCACCGAUCUCCGAAUUGGCAAGAACUACGUACCAAACCUUGCUUUGCUGGAUCCCGACUACUGUCCUCCCGAGCUGUACGUGAUGCCCGAAGAAACACCUAGCCCUCCUCCAGCUCCCAUUGCUGCACUUCUUUCUCCUAUUCUCUGGCAGCUGAACAGCCCUGAUCUGUUCGACAUGUAUUCUGCUGGUAUUGUGCUUAUGCAAAUGGCAGUACCAAGCUUGAGGAGUAGUGCUGGGUUGAAGAAUUUCAAUAUGGAAAUUAAGAACUAUGGAUAUGACUUGAAUGAAUGGAGGGAGAGAACACGAACGAAGCCUGAUUUGACGAUACUCGAUCUCGACUCGAGGAGAGGGUGGGAUCUCGCAACGAAGCUCGUUUCGGAGAGAGGCUCGCUUAGAAGGGGGCGUUUAUCGGCUUCCGCUGCUCUGAGGCAUCCUUAUUUCUUGUUGGGGAGUGAUCAGGCAGCAGCAGUUAUUUCAAAACUAAACUUGGUCAAGAAAUGAGUUUGUAAGUAGAAAUUUAUAUAUUCAUUUGCAAGAUUAUAACCUUUAAGCCAAUGCCUUCCAAUGCUAAAUUUUGACUCUUGAGAGAAUCUCGACCAAUAUCAAACAUAUAUGUAGCUGCUUUUCAGUUGGGUUGACUUUUUUUUAAAGUGAAAAAGUGAAAAAUCGGAUCAGUUCGUGAGUUGA